GCACGCACCCAGACGCUAUGCGGGAGCGAGCGCGUUCGGGAACCCGCGGCCAGACGAGGCUGGCGGAUGGGGCUCCCGCGCCUGGCGUUCAGAUGGAUGUACUUGUCUAGAGGAACUGUGGAAUAAACGAUGGAUUCCUUAGACCACAUGCUGACAGAUCCCCUGGAACUUGGUCCCUGUGGAGAUGGCCACGGCUCGAGGAUCAUGGAGGACUGCCUCCUGGGGGGCACCAGGGUUAGUCUGCCUGAGGACCUUCUGGAGGACCCUGAGAUAUUCUUUGAUGUCGUCAGUCUCUCCACCUGGCAGGAAGUGCUAAGUGACUCUCAGCGUCAACACCUCCAGCAGUUCCUGCCUCACUUUCCUGAAGACGGCCUGGAGCAGCAGAAUGAGCUCAUCCUGGCCCUGUUCAGUGGAGAGAACUUCCGCUUCGGAAACCCUCUGCACAUCGCCCAGAAGCUUUUUCGAGAUGGACACUUUAACCCUGAGGUGGUCAAGUAUCGGCAGCUCUGCUUCAAGUCACAGUACAAGCGCUACCUCAGCUCCCAGCAGCAGUAUUUCCAUCGGCUGCUGAAGCAGAUUCUUGCUUCCCGGAGUGAUCUCUUGGAGAUGGCCCGGCAGAGUGGCCCGGCCCUUUCCUUCCGGCAGAAGCGCCCUUCACCGUCUCGUACCCCUGAGGAGCGGGAGUGGCGGACCCAGCAGCGUUACUUGAAGGUCUUGAGGGAAGUGAAGGAGGAGUGUGGUGACACCGCGCUGUCAUCUGAUGAAGAGGAUCUCAGCUCAUGGCUUCCAAGCUCUCCAGCGCGUUCUCCUAGUCCUGCGGUGCCCCUGAGGGUGGUGCCCACGCUUUCAACUACGGAUAUGAAAACUGCAGAUAAAAUAGAACUGGGCGACAGUGACCUGAAGAUAAUGCUAAAGAAGCACCAUGAGAAGCGGAAACACCAACCAGAUCACCCCGACCUUUUGACAGAGGACCUGACCCUCAGUGACAUCAUGACUCGCGUGAACGCUGGCAGGAAGGGAUCUCUAGCAGCCCUAUAUGACUUGGCUGUCCUUAAAAAAAAGGUUAAGGAAAAAGAGGAAAAGAAGAAGAAGAAAAUAAAAAUGAUCAAAUCAGAGGCAGAGGACCUGAGUGAGCCCCUGAGCAGCACUGAAGGGGCCGCCUCCCUGUCCCAGGCCCCGUCUCCACUGGCUGCUUCUGCUGUCAAGGAGGAGCCCCUUGAAGACCUCAAGCCUUGCCUUGGAAUCAAUGAAAUAUCUUCCAGCUUCUUCUCCCUUCUGUUAGAGAUCUUGCUGCUAGAGAGUCAGGCUAGCCUUCCUCUGCUGGAGGAGCGCGUUCUGGACUGGCAGUCGUCUCCAGCCAGCUCCCUCAAUAGCUGGUUCUCUGCGGCCCCGAGCUGGGCCGAGCUGGUGUCCCCAGCCCUGCAGUAUCUUGCCGGAGAGAGCCGAGCUGUUCCUUCCAGUUUCUCUCCAUUUGUUGAAUUCAAAGAGAAGACCCAGCAGUGGAAAUUGCUUGGGCAAUCCCAAGAUAAUGAAAAGGAAUUAGCUGCCCUCUUCCAGCUGUGGCUAGAGACCAAAGACCAGGCCUUCUGUAAGCCAGAAAACGAAGACAGCUCAGAUGCCACAACACCUGUCCCUCGGGUAAGAACUGACUAUGUGGUACGGCCCAGCACAGGGGAGGAGAAACGGGUUUUCCAGGAGCAGGAACGGUACAGGUACAGCCAGCCCCAUAAGGCGUUCACUUUCCGCAUGCACGGCUUUGAGUCUGUGGUGGGGCCCGUGAAGGGCGUGUUUGACAAGGAGACGUCCCUCAACAAGGCCCGGGAACACUCCCUGCUGCGCUCCGACCGCCCUGCCUACGUCACCAUUCUGUCUCUGGUUCGGGAUGCUGCAGCUCGGCUGCCUAAUGGUGAAGGCACACGGGCAGAGAUUUGUGAACUGCUCAAGGACUCCCAGUUUCUGGCACCUGAUGUCACUAGCACUCAGGUGAACACAGUAGUGAGUGGUGCGCUGGAUCGGCUGCAUUACGAGAAAGAUCCUUGUGUGAAGUAUGACAUCGGGCGGAAGCUGUGGAUCUACCUGCAUCGCGACCGGAGUGAAGAAGAGUUUGAGCGGAUUCACCAAGCACAAGCAGCUGCGGCCAAAGCCAGAAAAGCCCUUCAGCAGAAACCCAAGCCCCCAUCCAAGGUGAAGUCCACCAGCAAGGAGAGCUCCGUAAAAGUCCUCAGCAGCGGCCCUUCGGAACAGAGCCAGAUGAGCCUCAGUGACUCUAGCAUGCCACCCACCCCAGUCACACCUGUAACCCCUACCACGCCGGCAUUGCCUGCCACUCCCAUCUCCCCUCCUGUAUCGUCAGUGAGCAAAAGUGGCCCUACCCCUGUCUCAGAACCAGCUAAGUCUAGCUCAGGUGUUCUGCUGGUGUCCCCGCCAACAAUGCCACAGCUGGGGACAGUGCUUUCUCCAGCUUCCAGCCAGACUCCACCCAGCUCUCAGGCUGCAGCCCGAGUCGUGAGCCAUUCUGGCUCGGCCGGUGUGCCCCAGGUGCGGGUGGUGGCCCAGUCCAGCCUCCCUGCUGCUGCUCAGCAGGCAGCAGGGCCAGCACAGACGCUGCCGCAGGUGCCUGCAGGGCCGCAGAUCCGGGUUCCAGCCACUGCCACACAGACCAAAGUGCUGCCCCAGACAGUGAUGGCCACUGUUCCAGUCAAAGCACAGACUGCGGCAGCCAGUGUGCAGCGGCCUGCACCUGGGCAGACGGGGCUCACGGUGACGAGUCUUCCUGCUGCAGCCAGCCCUGUGAGUAAGCCAGCCACGAGUUCUCCUGGGGCCUCUGCUCCGAGCGCCUCCACGGCUGCUGUCAUCCAGAAUGUCACAGGACAGAACAUUAUCAAGCAGGUGGCCAUUACCGGGCAGCUCGGUGUGAAGCCCCAGACGGGCAACAGCAUUCCACUCACAGCCACUAACUUCCGUAUCCAGGGUAAGGAUGUAUUGCGUCUGCCACCCUCUUCCAUCACCACAGAUGCCAAGGGCCAGACAGUUCUGCGAAUCACACCGGACAUGAUGGCCACCUUGGCCAAGUCCCAGGUCACCACAGUCAAGUUGACCCAGGACCUCUUCGGGACAGGAAGCGGCGCAGCAGGCAAAGGCAUCUCUGCUACCUUACACGUCACUUCCAACCCAGUCCAUGCAGCUGACAGCCCUGCCAAGGCCAGUUCAGCCAGUGCCCCUUCAUCCACUCCAACAGGUACCACCGUGGUCAAAGUGACUCCUGACCUCAAGCCAACAGAAGCUUCAAGCUCAGCUUUUCGCUUGAUGCCAGCUCUUGGUGUGAGUGUGGCAGACCAGAAGGGCAAAAGCACAGUGGCCUCUUCAGAAGCAAAACCAGCCGCCACAAUCCGCAUCGUGCAGGGCCUGGGGGUGAUGCCUCCCAAAGCAGGGCAGACCAUCACAGUCGCAACCCACGCCAAGCAAGGGGCCUCAGUAGCCAGUGGGUCUGGAACUGUUCAUACGUCAGCAGUGUCCUUGCCCAGUAUGAAUGCUGCUGUGUCCAAGACUGUGGCUGUGGCUUCUGGGGCUGCAAGCACCCCCAUCAGCAUUGGGACAGGAGCCCCCACUGUGCGGCAGGUCCCUGUCAACACCACGGUUAUGUCUACAUCCCAGCCUGGGAAGCUGCCUACACGGAUCACAGUUCCACUCUCUGUGAUUAGCCAGCCGAUGAAGGGCAAGGGCGUGGUCACAGCCCCCAUCAUCAAAGGCAACCUUGGAGCCAACCUCAGUGGGUUGGGCCGCAACAUCAUCCUCACCACCAUGCCAGCCGGCACCAAGCUCAUUGCUGGCAACAAGCCUGUUAGCUUCCUCACUGCCCAGCAGCUGCAGCAGCUGCAGCAGCAAGGUCAGGCCACACAGGUGCGCAUCCAGACUGUCCCUGCGUCCCAUCUCCAACAGGGCACAGCAUCCGGCUCUUCCAAAGCAGUCUCUACCGUGGUUGUGACCACAGCUCCAUCUCCUAAACAGGCACCCGAGCAGCAGUGACUGGGAGAGAGACAACCUCUGUGAGGACCGGGCCUACUCUGUCCUUCUGGCUGAAAGGAGGGGAGUGUGGAGGUUGUAUCAUUCCUAUAAGCUUGUCUGUCCAGGCAGCGAGUAGGGACAUGGUGGUAGCAGUGGCCUGGCUUCUGCUGCACGCUCCACAGUGGAGCUCCCUGAGAAAGGCUUUGGGGUCUGCUCUCUACCAAUCUAGGAGAAGAUUCUGUUGGAAUUGGAGCGCGUUACGGUUCGGUCGUCCAAGCCAGAACUCUCUUCUGGGAGUAAGACACACAGGGAAGGCUUCCCAAUCGCGGAGUUCACAGACAGUGAAGAAGUCUCAUUCUGCGUGAGGAUUAUAUUUUUUAGCUCUGGUCUUUUCCAUGACUAGUGGUCUAGAUUUGAGUUCUGCAUCUACAAAAUUUUAUGUAACUUAUUUUUUUAAAGAGACUAUCAUACAUCUUUAUUAAAUAGAAAUCUGGGCUUUAGUUUCCCUAAACAGAUACUUAUUCUUUUGACCAGAAUGAGAGAAUAGCAAGAAUUUUAAUAAGUUGUUAGCUGACUUGAUAGCUAAUGGUGAUGGAGAGGCUGUAAGAUGGGGAGAACCACAGGAAGGGGGUAGUGUGGAUUCCCUGACAUGGAUUAGUUUGGCAGAGCCCCUUAAAGAUGGGAUGUUGAGAUCUUGCUUGUGGUCCCUGGCUUCCCCUGCUGACUUUGCUCUUUGUGGCAAACCUGUUCACAUGGUGACCAGAGCCAGUGCACAGAGGAGGAGAACCAGAGUGGACGUGCUGCUUCUGCAGUAAAAACUGUGUUGCAGUUCAGAGAUGAUACAUUCUGUCUUAUUCCAGAGCAAAAGUUGCAAACCAGACCCUUGGGGCUGGCUACCUGUUUUUGUAAAUAAAGUUUUUAUGGGAACACA